GAUGGCGGGGGCCGGGCUCUGCGCUCUGCCGGCGGGGAGAGCCCCGGCUCGGCUCGGAGAGCCCCGGAGCAGCCUGGCAGCAGAGCGUGGCCGCCCGGCCUUGGUCCUGCGUCAGCGCUAGAGAUACCGAUCGCUGAAACUGCGGGGCACGGCUGCGGAGCGGAAAGUGCAGCGCGGGGAGGUCAGGGUGAGGGUGCGCGGUGCCGGGGAGGAGGAGCGGCAUGGGCACUGCCCCGGUGAAGGUGAACCCCUCAGGACAGUGCUGGGGGAGCGCUGGCUCGGGGCUACCUGAGAGAAGGGAGAAUGAUCUCUAUAACUUUCAUUUUGAUUUGGAUUUGAUGUCUUGGGACUCAGACCUUUGGAAUAUUACAGGCCAUGCUUAUGAAGAUGCAGACAUGAAGACAGAACCUUUAUCACCAGCUGCUUCCAGCUGUUCGGUCCCUUCGCCACCGUCGGUGGACUCUCCAGUGCAGAAUGUGCCUGACGAUGUGGACUUCAGCUGUAGCUCCCAGAUGUCUCCCAUCUCUCUCUACAGCAAGAGCUGCAGAAGCCCUGCAUCCCCUGAAGGAGAUGGAGGGAAGAAGCCUGCUGUGAGCAUCUCUUCUCGAUCUGUAAAUAAUUCUGCAAGGAGCCUGAAGAGAUGUGGUCAGACAGUGGCCAGGCCUUUGAUACAACCCAAGCCCCUUUUGCCUGCUGUGCCUGAAACUCAGGCAAAUGUUGGCAUCCCAGCAAAAACCAUCAUUAUUCAGACUCUUCCCACGCUUGUGCCACUGCCAAAGAAUCAGCCAGUUGUUAACAUCCAGCCAGCACCUCCUAAAGGUCCAUCCGUGGUGCUGCCCCAACCUGCUGUGGUACAGCUCCAGGCUUCUGGGGUGCUUCCUGCCUCUCAGCCCGUCAUUGCAGUCACUGGAGGGGCCCCAGCACUUCAGAACCACACGGUGAAUGCACUGUCUCUAGCUGCUGGGAAUGGCUCCAGCAGCGGCAAAAUCCCGGUGACAAAGCCCUUGCUCCAGAGCAGCACACCAGCUGUGGGGCUGGAUGUCAAUGUCUUGAGGCGGCAGCAGCGCAUGAUCAAAAACCGCGAGUCAGCCUUUCAGUCACGCAAGAAAAAGAAGGAAUACAUGUUGGGACUGGAGGCCAGGCUGGAGGCAGCCCUGCUGGAGAAUGAGAAACUUAAGAAAGAAAACAGCACGCUGAAGAGGCAGCUGGAUGAAGUGGUAUUAGAGAACCAGAAGCUCAAAGUAUCAUCUCCGAAGAGAAGGACACUGUGUGUCAUGGUGAUACUGGCCUUUAUAAUGUUGAAUUAUGGUCCAUUGAGUGUAUUUGAAAAGGAUUCCAAUGGAGUAGAUUCCACUGUGAGUUCUAACCACCGGACCAGAAAUCUCCUGGAGUUCUCAGCUGGCCAGGAGUCCAGCACAGCUCAGGAGAUACCUGAGGGCAUCGUUUCCAAGAAGAAUAAAGGGUAUGACCAUUCUGUAUCUGAUAACAAAGCACUAAUGAUAGUCUCAGAAGAACCACUGUUAUACAUUUCACCACCACCACCCCCCUGCCAGCCUCUGAUCAACAGGACAGAGUCGCUGAGGCUGACCCACGAGCUGCGAGGAUGGGUGCACAGGCACGAGGUGGAGCGGACGCGGUCGCGGCGGCUGAGCAACAGCCAGCAGCAGAGAGCGCGAGUCCCGCAGCGCUCCCUCAGUGACAAAGCAGAUUCCCAGCUAGUGGCCAUGCCUUACACAGACACCAGUCUCAGCAGGAGCUCAGGGAAUGAGCUGCAAGUGUAUUAUGCCUCUCCGAGGAGCUAUCAAGACUUCUUUGAAGCAAUUCACCGGAGGGAGGACACCUUCUAUGUGGUGUCAUUCCGCAGAGACCACCUGUUACUGCCAGCCACCACACAUAACAAGACCAGGAGACCAAAGAUGUCUAUAGUGCUGCCAGCUGUAAACAUCAAUGAGAAUGUGAUCAAUGGACAGGACUACGAAGUGAUGAUGCAGAUUGACUGCGAAGUAAUGGACACCAGGAUCCUCCACAUCAAAAGUUCCUCUGUCCCUCCGUACCUCCGAGAGCAGCGCAGGAAUCACACCAACACCUUCUACAGCUCAUCCCCCUCCGUCCCAGAGACGCCCCAUGCCCUGAGGGCCAUUGUCAAAUCCCUGCAGUAGCUCCUGUGACAGUGCACUGGGGAGCACCUGGCAUGCAGCAGGUCCUGCCGCCAGCCUCAGCCCCUUCCCUGGCAGGUCCUGGGGCUCCAUGGGCACAGCAGGGACAGUCCCCUUUAGCCCAUUCCUGUGCCUGACCUUACCCAAUGGCCACAUCCUGCCCGGGGUUUAUGUAGCUCAGCUGCUCCUUGCCAGGUGGAGGACAUGGGCCAUCCCUGCUACUUACCUACUGUCCACAAUUGCAGGUUGUUUUUCAUUUUUGUCCCUGUGAGGCUGCUGGAGGUGAGCUGAUGAGCUAGACAUGGCAGCAGACACCCACAGUUGGGAUUGGGUGGCUCUCCCUGCAGUGUGCCUGGGCAGCAGGAGGAAGCCGUGUGCAGCUCCCAGCUGCAGGUGCUGGGCCUGACCAGACAGCCCCACUCCUCAUUAUUCCCUGGCUGAAUCCUGCCUGUGCAGCCUCCCUUGGCAGGAAGCCCUGGGGUGCAGCAGUGUGGCAGGGCAGCCCAGCCCAGCCACCCAGAAGGGUGCUGGGAACCUGCACUCAGCACUGAAGCACUACAGGCAGAACAACCCCACUGCCCCGGGGCUGGGCAGCCCUCUGAGGCACUGCCCACCCUGCAACUGCCUGGCUCUCCAGGAUCCUGCUGCUGCCUUCCCCAGCCCACGAGGCUGCACAGCUGAAGGCUUGGCCCAAAGGAAGUGAUUUCAUGCAGCAGAUGCAUUUGUAAAGUUUAGGUUUUUUGAGUUUGGGUUUUUUUUCUUUUCUUCCUGGUUUUUGUUUGUGUGGGUUUUUUGUGUGUGCUAUUUAAUACUUCUCACUGCUAACAAUGGCCUGUGGAACAGCACUGGCCAUGCUGGAGCAGAGGGGCUGCUUCAGUUCUGUGGGACACAGCAUUGACACCUUCUCCUGCAGCCACACACGUCACACACGCUCAGCCCCACACACCCCUCUGCCUAGCCAGCACUGACAGCCACCUGCCAGGCAGUGGGGGAACAUUCCAUUUGCCCCAAACACUGGCUGCAGCCAACUGCUGCCAUUCUACAGUGUCUGUGGAGCUCUGUUCACUGAUCCCACGUUUCUCAGCCAAGCCCCAGGCCAGAGCUGGGCACAGGAGCUCCAGCACUGGUGCUCAGCUGGGAUGAGCCACCAGCAGAGCAUCAGUGUUGCACAAUGACUUCAGCAUGUUACAUUAUUUUUUCUCCCCUGUGCAAUUCACACAGAAGAUGAUGAGCCAGCCUGCUGCCUUUCCUUAUUGGUCUGAGCGCUAACUGGCUUGUGUGGGGGUUUUAAUUAUGAAUUAUGAAUUAUUAUUAUUCGUGUAUGUGUGUGGCUGUUAGGAAAUAAAGGUCGAUCCUGCAGCAAGACAAAGUGCUCCAGGGGCAGUGAGGAGGAGGAUGAGGAGCAAUACACGCCUGUGAAGUAUGUGCCUUGCAAUACCAUGGAGAAGCUGUGCCCUUUGCCACGUCCCCGGCAUGGGCGGCGCGGGCCCCCCGUCCUCGCAGCGCUCGCGCUGCUGGGAAGGAGCUGGGCUCGGCCAGGGUUUGGCUGCGCUGCUCGCACCAGUUCAUUUUCCUGGCCUGGCCCCACCUGACUGUGGGCCAGCUCACACAAUAGUCAGAAAUGAAAACCCCAGCGGUGCCCCAGCCAGAGGCACAUGGCUCUCCCAAAGCUGUGGGAAGGGGCUCUUGGCUGCUGAGGGGGCAUUUGCUACCAGGGAGCUGAGGAGGGGACUGGGGGCUGGCUGGCCUUGGCACAGCCUGGCACAUUGGGAAGGGCUGCUAGUGAGGGCUGGGGGCUUGGGACUGCUGCGGCACCACAUCCUCAGUCAGCACCCCUGGGCUCUGGUGGUGGAGAACAUCUCUCAUCCCGUGCAAAUUCUGUUCUCUGUGUCCCUAGUAUGGAAGGCAAUAAAAUCCUUCUUUUAUUUAUUACUAAUAA